CGUGCAUUUCAAAUCCAAACGGCAGCGGCUUGCGUUCGCAUCUUGCGCAGAGCUCGAAAGACUCCAAAAAAAAAUAAAUUAUAUUUUCGAAUUAAAGUAGCAAUCGUUGAAAUAUAAACAUACAUGUUAAAUUAAAAUUGUGCAAUCGAAAACAAGCUACAAAACAAAUAAAACCAAAAAUUUUAACAUUAUAUUUUAGCGUUCAAAAAAGAAAAAACGAAAGCAACGCGCUCAAGUACAAAACCCUAAAUCAAAGCAUUUCAGUCUAAAAAGUUAAGAGUAUUCAACAAUAGCAACAAUAUGAUGAGCACAGCGCCUAAAAUGAUUAUGGACGAGAAUGCAACGGAGAAAUACAAUCAAGUCCAAGUGAAGAAAUUGACAGUGCCUUCAAACGAGGCAAACACAAAGCGCGCCGCAUUCGGCGAUCUGCAAAAUCGUGGACUAAAUCGUGGAAUUGUAUCCAAGGAAGCGGCACAAAAAGAGUUGAAAGAUGUAAAGUUGACCAAGGCGCGUGUGGAUACCCACUGGAAGAAGCAGCCGUUGGGCUUAAGCAAUGCUAAUGCUAAUGUCAAUGCCAAUGCCAAUGCCAAUGCAGGUGUUGCAACAAAGCCAGCCGGCGGUCCACUAUUGCGCUCCAACUCGAUGCGCACAAAUUUGGGUCAGAUUGGACGUCAAAUAUCAAGCCGCCCGGCUGCAACGACAACAGCCACUGCAAAAGUGGCCGCCGACCCGAACAACAAGCUUGCCAAGCAAAAGUCCAUUUCCGAUGAGAAGGUAAAUACGCUGCGACGCGAGGACAGCAAUUUGUCGCGCAAAUCUCUAACCAAGCUGCGCGCUGCCCUAGCCAAACCGACUGCUGCAGCUUCAACUGCAGCAGCUGCAGCAGUUGCUAAGAAGGAGCCACUGGUACCCAGAGCUCAACCACGCACUGCGGCUAAUGCGCUGGCAGUGAAGAAGGAUGCAACUGCUACUGCUGCUGUUGUUGUGCAGCCAAAGAAGGAGAUUGUGUCCGUGUCGAAGCUGCCCUCCAAGCUUCGAACCGUCCCAGCUACCACAAGUCAAGCAAAUACCCUUAUGUCGCUGUCCACCAAAAGAUUGGAAGUGGAGGACAUUGAUGCAGAUGAUGGCGAGAAUUUGGUUUUAGUAUCGGAAUAUGUAAACGAUAUAUACGAUUAUCUGUAUGAGCUGGAGGAGCAACAACCCAUCUAUACGGAUCAUCUGGCCAAUCAAUUGGAAGUUUCAUACAAAAUGCGCGCUGUGCUCAUCGACUGGAUUAACGAGGUCCAUUUGCAAUUCCAUCUAGCAGCAGAAACUUUCCACUUGGCUGUCGCAAUCAUCGAUCGCUAUCUACAGGUGGUCAAAGAUACCAGGCGCAAGUAUUUGCAGCUGGUCGGCGUUACGGCUUUGUUUAUAGCCACCAAAUAUGAGGAGCUGUUCCCGCCAGCCAUUGGUGAUUUUGUGUUCAUUACGGAUGAUACGUAUACGGGCCAAGAGAUUAGGCAAAUGGAGAUGCAAAUAUUGAAGGCUAUCGAUAACAAUCUAUCGCGUCCGUUGCCCAUACACUUCUUGCGUCGCUACUCGAAGGCAGCCAGUGCCGAGGAUGAGCAUCAUGCCAUGUCCAAAUACUUUUUGGAACUUGCUGGCAUGGAUUAUGAGCUGGCCAGCUAUAAGCCUUCGGAGAUUGCAGCAGCUUCGCUCUUCCUGUCGUUGCACUUGCUCAAUGGCAAUUCUCGCGCCGCCACCGGCUUUAGCGACAGGCACUGGACACCCACAUUGGUUCACUAUUCCCGUUAUACAGCUGCCUAUUUGCGUCCGAUUGCACGACAAAUUGCGAAAUUGGCUCGGGAUGCGCCCACUGCUAAAUUGAGGGCCAUUUACACUAAAUAUCAGGCGAACAAGUUCCAGAAGAUAGCAUUGCGCCCGGAGCUAAGCAGCCCGCUGUUGGAUUCGAUUGUGGGCAAAAAAUAGUUGGAAUGAAAUGGAAGAAGUACACACACAUAAAACAAUAACUCCCCUACACCAAGUACCCAACCCCCAGCCCAGCAGUUGGCGUUAAUAUUGACUGCAGUUCACGUUUAGUUCAAUUUUUUGUUUUCUAUUUUAAAUUUGUGUAAUUUCUCUUGCUCGUUCUUUAUAUGUAUGUGAGUGUGCGCGUGUAAUUGAUUAAUAAUUGUGCAUAAUGAUUAUGUUUAAUUGUAGUUAACCUCAAUCUCCCAGUCUACCCCUGCCCCUACCCCUAACAUCUAUAUCUAUAUAUAUAGUAUAACCGGAUCCAGUGUGGGCUCAGCAUCUUUUGCAUUAAUUAGCUAAACAUUUGCUUGAGUUUAUUCUUCUGGUCUACCUUUUUGUUCUCCCCUCUCACCCCUACUGCUACUAUAUAUAUAUACUAUAUAUAUGUGUAUGUUUGUAUGUAACUUGUUUUUAACAAUCAGCCCUCAGAGAAGACAAGCAAAAAAAGAAGAGAUAAACCGGUGAGCAACGGGCGCAUUUGCUGGCUAAAGAUAUCGGCGUUGCCUCUCAAAGUAUUUUAAGUUACUUUCCCAAAACAAAAAAAAAAGAACUAAAAAAAAA